AUGUCGUCAGACCAGCAAAGCCCCGCAUGGAGUCUGCCGCUCCUCUCGCUCGUCAUGCUCGCGGUUCAGAACACUUUUCUCGUCCUCGUCAUCUAUGCAGUUCGACGGAAAGCCAGACUGGACGGCACGCCCCCUUUCACUCCUUCUGCUGCACUUCUGUUCAGUGAAUCUGCCAAAUUUCUGAUAUGCAUUGUGCUGUCGAUCAUUCAAAGCCGGGGCAUACUGCCUGCAUGUCGAUCAGCGCGACAAUAUCUCGAGCAAACCAAGCUCGCAAAGCAGAUGGCUGUACCUGCGGCCGUCUACCUCGUUCAGAAUUUGUUGCUCUACGUGGCGAUGGGCAAUCUGGAUCCGGUAACAUUCCAAGUGACGUACCAGCUCAAGCUAGCUGCGACCGCUCUUUUCUCCGUCGUGUUGCUCGGUCGCACGUUCACGAAGCAACAGUACCUGGCGAUGGCCUUACUCACAUUAGGUAUCCUGGCAAUACAGCUGGACCAACCGAAAGCGUCAUUGCCUGCGCCAACGUCCAAUGCGACAAGUACGGCCGCGGUAGGCGCCCACAUUGCGCGUGCAUUGCUCAAGCGAUCGUUGUUCACGCGAGCGGAAGAGGAAGUCACAGUAGAUACAGGGAACGCGCAACUGCCGAAUGCCUUGCUCGGCGUACUGGCGACAGUGACAUCUGCCUUCACAUCCGGCUUUGCUGGAGUCUAUUUCGAGAAAGUUCUCAAGAAGGACCAGAACACAACGUCUGAUCAGAACGGAGAGGCCGAAUAUGAUCAGCUACCUACAGAAGAUGAGAAAGACUUGUCAACCGAUACGACCCUUACCGAAGAGAGCAUCACGACGAAGCCUCCACGGCCCGUCAGUAUUCUCGUCAUGACCAAUCUCAUCUUGUCCUUCUAUACCAUUUUGGCGCUACCCUUCGUCAUCGCUGCCCUGAAAGGUCCGUCUGGCUUGCGGCUCGCCAACCUCACCACCGGAUUUGAGCCCCUCGUCUGGCUUAUCGUGCUAUGGCAAGCUAUGGGCGGCCUGCUGAUCGCCGUCGUCAUCAAGUACGCUGACAACGUGCUCAAGACCUUUGCCAUCACUGCGAGCAUCAUCGCAUCUGCACUCAUACAGAUAUUCGCUUUCGGCCUACGGCCGGGUCCGAUCUUUGCAAGUGGUGUUCUGCUCAGCAUAGCAUCGAGCUGGUUGUACAAUCAUCGCCAGCAACUGGCAUUUUUAUACCUUGUAGUAGGCGGCUCGCAUGCGGCGUGCUCACGCAGCGAGUGGCCGCUUUGCCUGUUUCGCUGGCAACAGCAGCUUCAUCGAUCUGCCCUAGCUCUUCAGGCUUCGACUGUGUACCGGCACGCUUCGCCGAAAACGGCUCCUGCACGUUUCCAUUUUAUCGAGGGCGCACGAUUGCAGACUGCACAAUUGACCAUUGAGGCCGACUCACUGCCAUCAAAGCACACUCACUUGUGUCUGUCAAGCAGCGCCUCCAGACUCAGCGUGCGAAUGCAUGUGCGUGAGGGAGAUUACAGCGUGUUCGGCAGAGCCAAUGUCCGCGUACCUUGCAACACCGACACGAAUAGCGCCGGCUGUGCAUGUCGCCACGCAUUAAUGCUGUGUUUGCAACGCGACGAUGAGCGUGCGCGAGCCCACGCGGUCACUUACGACGGGCCAUGCGACACAUGCAACGCGCCGAGCAGCGAGACGCGAUUACAUGCGUCGCGAAUAGCACAACGUCAACCAUGCCUCGCUACUAGAGCUUGUGGCAUCGCUUUUCGACGCGCUGAGAAGCUCUACAAGGGCGACUCUGUUGUUCUGCUCGUUCAUGACGCGCUACGCGAUGUCUAA